GUUUAGAGAGAAAGUUUAUUACUAGUUUUUAGUGUUCGUAGGCGCAAAUUAAGAUUUAAAUUUAGUCAAAAUAUCAUAACAAUUAAAUACUUCCGAAAUAAAAAAGGGCGUCAACGUAGUUAUACAUAUACUAUUGAAAAGCAGGAAUGAGUGACAUCUGGGGCUGUGCCUCUGUAGCGAUUAAAGGUAUCCUAGCAUAAAAGUAGCAACGACAGGAUGCCGAGGGGAGAGCAUAGGCCUAGCGUAUUACUAAGCCGCGAGGAGAACGAACAGGUUUUCAGUCUCAUCGGACCGAAGUGCCAGAGUUUAGCGACGGCAGUAGUUCAGUUGUUUACCACUGAGGGGCCGGCACAUUCAGAAUGGAAGAAAAAGGAUACUGGCAUAUUGUGCUUGGUGAAGGACAACAGCAAGCGGUCGUACUUCUUCCGCAUCUACUGCCUCUACAGGAAGGCCAUGAUAUGGGAACAUGAAGUGUACUUGCAGAUCGAAUAUAAACACCCGAGGCCUUAUUUGCACACAUUUGAAGCUGAAGACUAUAUGACAGCUUUUAAUUUUGCCAAUGAAGAUGAAGCCAAGGUCCUCAGAAAUAUCCUCAUUGAGAAGAUUGAAUUAAGGAAGCAAAAGCGUGAAGAGCGACGGCAGCGGUCGAUGCUGGCGUCGCGCGCCAACAGCCAGCAGUCGGCGCGCCACAACGGCGUGCCGCCCGCGCCGCCCGGCCCGCCGCCCGCGCCCGCGCCCGCGCCCGCGCCGCACCACGCGCCCGCGCCGCACCACCAGCCCGUGCACGCUCCACCUCUCAAAUCUAUAUCCUCUGGCAUGCUGAAAAAUACCAGCAAGAAACCAAAGAUGAGAAAAAUCACUAAAGCUGACAUUGGAAAUCCACAAGACUUCAAGCACAUAACACACGUCGGGUGGGACGCUAACAAAGGUUUCGACUUGGACAACCUGCCGGAGGAGGAGAUGCGGUCGUUCUUCUCGAUGGCGGGCGUGUCGGCGUCGCAGCUGGAGGACUCCAGCACGCGGCAGUUCAUCUACGACUUCAUCAACGAGCACGGCGGCGUCGACGCCGUCAAGGAGGAGCUGCACAAGCCCGACCCCGCGCCCGCACCAGGUGGUGGAGGGUACGGGCGCGGCGCCCCGUCGCCGGCCGCGGCGCCGCCCGCGCCGCCCGUGCCGCACCGCAGCCCCGCGCCGCCGCACCCGCCCCAGCCGCCUUCACGCGCGCCCCCGCCGCCGCCGGCGCGCGCCGUGCCGCCGCCGCCGCCCGCCGCCUCCCGCAACCCGCCGCCACCGAGACCCAUUCAGCCGCCGUCGAGUGGCCCGCCGGCGGUGCCGCCGCCGCCGCCGCCGACGCAGCCGCCGCCGCCGCCGCCCGCGCCGCCCGCGCCGCCCGCGCCGCCCGCGCCGCCCGCGCCGCCGGCACCGCCUGGCCCGCCAGACGCUGCGGUGCCACUAGACGCAAGAGUCGCGCUCAUGGAAAGCAUUCGCAGUGGAAACAAGGCUUUAAAGCACGUGGAGGCGGGGUCCAAGCCGCCCGCAGAGGACAACCGGAGCAACCUGCUCAGCGAGAUCCGACAGGGCGUGGAGUUGCGAUCCGUGCAGACGUCGCGGCCGGCGAGCGUUGGCGCGGAGCCGGCGGCGGGCGCGGGCGGCGCGUCGGGCCUGGCCGUGGCGCUGCGCCGCGCGCUCGACGAGCGCUCGCGCGUCAUCCACUCCUCCGACUCCGACGACAGCGAGCCCGCCACCAGCGACGACGAUUGGGACUAACCGCACUAUCGCACCUACUCGCUCUCUCCU